AUGGCUUCCAAGCCCACCGUGGUCAUCGUCGGCUCGGGCUGGUCGGGUUUCACGCUGGCUCAAGCCUUAUCAGUGGCAAAAUACAACAUCAAUGUCGUUUCACCCAUUCGUACAGUUCAAUACACGCCGCUACUGGCAAGUGCAGCUACUCUACCUCCAUUCAGGCGCUUCGUGGUUGAAUUCGUCAGACUAGCAGAAGAACCUAUACGCCGUCGCAAUCGAAUGCCGGGACUUGCGUAUUACAAAGCCACCGUUGAAAAUGUUGAUUUUGGAAAGCGAGAAGUCCAUUGCAGACCUUUCGUGAAGACGAUCGCGGAAGAAGCUUUACAGGACACUCAUCCAUUCACUCUAUCCUACGACAAACUGAUUCUGGCUCCCGGCUGCGACAUUCAGGCUUUUGGAACUCCAGGCGCUCUGGAGCACGCAAGCUUCCUGCGAUGCACGGACGAUGCUCGCAAGAUCCAGCAAAGACUCCUGGAAAUGCUGGACGCAGCUUCAACUCCAAAUCUCACUGACCAGCAGCAACGAGAAAUUCUCCGCAUCAUCAUCGUCGGCGGAGGCCCGAUCGGAAUCGAAGCGACUGCGGAGCUCUACGAUUUAUGGUUCAAAGAAAUGAGACAUUUGUACGCGCAUCUAGAUGGGAAAUUGAGUCUGGAGAUUCACGACGUCGCACCUACCAUCCUCGGCAAUUUUGAUGAGAGGUUGGGAGAAUAUGCUGUGAAGAAGCUUGUGGAUCGUGGAAUUAAGAUUGAGACGGAAAGUCAUAUUGAGAAAGUCGAGGAAGGCGCUAUAUAUACCAAGGAGCGUGGCAAGAUCAAGUACGGAAUGCUGCUUUGGGCGACGGGCUCUGCACCUAACAAACUCGCGGAGAAACUCGAUGUCAAGAAGGAUGACAAGCUCUCGCGGAUCUCCACUGACCGACGCCUUCGCGUCCGUGAUACCAACGACCGAGUCCUAGACGGCGUCUUCGCACUAGGUGAUUCAGCUGAUAUCGAAGGCUACUCCUUACCACAACUCGCGGAGGUCGCUGUGCAGAAAGCCGAGUAUCUAGCCCAGGCCUUGAAUUCCGGUGACGAGACGCUCGGUCCUUUUGAGUACAGGCAGAAGCCGAAUUUGGCGUAUCUGGGACAGAAAGAUGGGGUGAUUGGGGGAAGGGAGGAAUGGACUGGGUAUAGUGCGUGGUUGGCUUGGAGAUCUGGAUCUAUCUUUCAUUGGCCCAGGUCGUGGAGACGCACGAUUAUGAUUGGGAUUAGUUGGUUGUUUAAUAAGGUUGGGGGGAGGGAUAUUGCGAGGAAGUGGUGA